CUGGCAGUCGCUGCUUGGUCGCAUUGCCGUGAAAACACACAUUUCGUCUUAUUGUAUUUUUGCAGACGUACAACACGUAAUCAAAGCAGAUGCAAGAAUACAGCGAAAAAUUGGAAGAUAUCUACGAUGAGAAAUUGGGCAGGCAUUUAGUGGCCAGCCUAAGCAUUGAGCCCGGCGAGACGCUGCUGGAGGAGCAGCCUCUGCUGGUGGCGCCCCAUUGGGAAUGCGAUCGACUAAAGUGCGCUCAAUGUCUACAGGAGUCGUAUGUUAUAUGUCGCAGGUGCCAGGUAUAUCCGCUGUGCAUGGACUGCAGCGAGCACGAUGCGUUCGAGUGCGAGUUCUUCGCGAGUGGAGCCGGUAGUGGAAUCGGAAAAGAUCUGCUAAUUAAGAACUACGGCAUCUGUGCGCUGCUGAAGCUUUUGUUGUUGCUCGAACAGCCGGAUCAGCGGGCGCAAUGCCAAAUACUGCUGGAAAGACCAGUUAAGCUGGAAGAUUAUCGAAAUGAAGACGGAGUCUGGCAGGAGCAUGAAGAGCAGGUGGUGCGUCCAAUAAUGGACAGUGGCUUAGCAGAGGCUUUGCCGGAUCAGCAACUGACAUCGGAUGCCUUGCAUGCUCAUUGCAUUCGCAUUGAUUGCAGCGCCUACGAGGUGACCGCAAGGGAUGGAGAUACACUUAAAGGCGUCUAUGUGCGCGGAGCUAACUUGCCACAUAGCUGUGUCCCCAAUACGGUGGUCGCUCUAGACGAGCAGUUCAAUUUGAAGUUAUAUGCCGCUGUGCCCCUUGAGAGCGGCCAGGUCAUCUUCACAUCCUAUGCGAAUCCGUUAAUGGGCACCAGCCAGCGACAGCAUCAGUUGCGAAUGACGCGGCACAUGGAGUGCGCCUGCGUACGUUGCUUGGAUCCUACGGAACUGGGCACCCACAUGAGCAGCAUGAAGUGUCGGGAUUGCUCUGAUGGCUAUGCCGUUUGUGAUUUGCGCGGAACUGGCAAUUGGCGUUGCCUCGAUGUGAGCUGCGGAGCUGUUAUACCAGCUGCCGAUGUCCACGAGCUGCUCGCUGAAGUCGGCGGUGCUCUGGUCGAUGCGAAGGGCGAGCUGAGUGUCUAUGAGUCCCUCCUUGCCCAGAACAAACAGCUGCUACAUCCCAAUCAUUUCCUCUUGCUGGAUAUAAAACAGAACAUUGCGAGCAUUUUGCGUGCAGCAGCUCUAAUGAAUUCUCUGAAUGAUCCCUGCAAGAAAUUGCUAGCACGUCGCGUGGAGCUCUGCGGUGAUCUGUUGCCCAUUUGUCGUGCGGUCAUACCCGGCAUCUCUAAGCUCUAUGCGAUUGCUCUGUUCGAGUACCUGCUGUCCUUUGUGGAACUCACCGAACUGCAGUUCUCCGAAGGCGAUGUAGACAAAAAGGGAUACGCCGCGCAACUGAAGCGUGCCCAAUCGGUGGCCAAGGAAGCACUGGAUUUGUUACAAUUCGAACCAGAGAACUCGGCCGAGGGUUUUCUAACCGAACGCAUUGCUAUGGAGUUAGAGCGCAUCGAAUCUGAUCUAAUGAAAUACGGGAAACAUUAAAAUAUCUUAGAAAUGAGA